UCCAACUAAUAUUAUACAUAUGGCUACACCUGAUGAUGAUCAACCACCUCUUUCUCCUCCGAUUCCCAAGUAUUUCCAAGAACCUGAAAUGACCCAAGAAUGCAGGGAUCUCAUAUCCACUUUGCCUACACAACGAGGCUGGAUUCAUGAAACAAUCCAUCAAUAUCAAGGCUUUUGGCUUGAAACUUGGAUCAUGCAAGGAGUUGUAGCAUUCCAAAAACACUUCCAAGCUCAUGACACCGAUAUCCUCCUUGCCACCAAUCCCAAAGCCGGCACCACUUGGUUGAAGGCCCUCUCCUUCGGCUUACUGAACCGGGUGCGCUAUCCGGACAUUCAACAACACCCUCUCCUCACAAUCAAUCCUCACGUUCUUGUGACCAUCUUGGAGCACUUAUACAAUAAAAAAGAGGUUCCAGAUCUCACCUCCUUUACCUCUCCAAGGCUUUUCUCAACCCAUUUACCUUAUUCCCUGCUACCAAUAUCUGCAAAGAACUCCACUUGCAAGAUUGUGUGUUUGUGUAGGAACCCUAAGGACACUUUUGUGUCACGUUGGCAUUUCUUCAACAGGUUGAGACCAAUGAGUACAGGUGCCCUCUCACUUGAAGACGCUUUUGAUAUGUUUUGUAGGGGAUCGAGUGGAUUUGGCCCAUACUGGGAUCAUGUUUUGGGAUAUUGGAAAGAAAGCAUUGAAAAGCCAGAAAAAGUACUCUUCUUGAAGUAUGAGGAAAUGAAAGAGCAGCCAAUUGCCAAUUUGAGGAGGCUGGCUGACUUUUUGGGGUGCCCUUUUUCUCCGGAAGAAGAGGCAAAAGGUGUAGUGAAUGAUAUCUCAAGAUUAUGUAGUUUUGAUAAUUUGAGCAAGUUGGAGGUGAAUAAAAAUGAAAAAUCGUUUGGCGUAGAGAAUAAGGUAUUUUUUCGUCGAGGUGAAGUUGGAGACUGGAUGAAAUACUUGACAGCUGAGAUGAUAAAGAAAUUGGACCGCAUUACUGAAGAGAAGUUUCAUGGCACUGGGUUAAGAUUUUAGGUACGUAUUUAGGCGCUGCAUCAAAAUUAAUUUCUCUUAUUUAAGUAUAUAUUGUGUGUUGGCAUCUAAUCAACCUCCGAAUAAAUUUUUGUGUAUUCUUGAUUCGGUUGUCAACUAUAUGUUGACAUCUGAUCAAUCUUCAAUUACUUUUUUUAUUUGUGUUCUCUGUUUCGAUUGUCAAUGUGCAUGUAUAAUUAUGUUGACAUAUUAUCAACGUUCAAUAAAAUGUUAUUUGUAUUU